AUGGCGAACGGCCAAGUAAAACGUCGCAGUCAGCUUCCUGGACCCAAAGGCCUUCCUCUUAUUGGAAACCUUCUGGAUCUGGAUCUCGAUGACUUCAUCACAUCAUUAAGCGAAAUGGGCAAUAAAUACGGGCCGAUAUUUUCCCUUGACGUCGGCGGGGAUAGACAAGUCAUAGUCGGCAGUCGGGAUAUUCUCGACGAAGUAUGCGAUGAGUCUAGAUUCCACAAGCUUGUCAUCGGCGGUGUCGAGAAACUACGGCCGUUGGCUGGCGAUGGGCUCUUCACUGCUCAAGCCGGCAACAAAGACUGGGCUAUCGCACAUCGUAUUCUCAUGCCCUUAUUCGGCCCUCUCAAGAUUAGAGAGAUGUUCCCCGAUAUGCAAGAUGUCGCAGAGCAGCUUUGUCUCAAAUGGGCCCGAUCAGGUCCGUCUACAAUUAUUGACGCCUCCAGCGACUUCACCAGAUUGACACUAGAUACCAUCGCGCUCUGCACAAUGAACUUUCGCUUCAACAGCUUCUACAGCAACGAUAAGAUGCAUCCCUUCAUUGAGAGCAUGGUCGCUGCCCUCACCGACGCAGACAAGCAAUCAAUGUUUCCCGACUUCAUCGGAUCAUGCAGGAUACGAGCUCUAGCUAACUUCCGAAAACAUGUUGCAUCUAUGAAAGAGCUAUGCCAUGAGCUAAUUCAAGGGCGGCGGGACAACCCAAUUCAAGGGACAGAUUUACUGAAUGCCAUGAUGGAGGGUACAGAUCCGAAGACGGGUUCAAAAAUGAGCGAUGAGUCCAUCGUUGAGAAUCUCAUCACUUUCCUCAUUGCGGGCCACGAGACAACGUCAGGACUGUUGUCGUUUGUGUUCUACUACCUCCUCAAGAACCCGCACACCCUGGAAAAGGCCCGCGACGAGAUUGAUGAAGUGAUGGGUGAAUCAAAUCUCACGGUCGACGAUCUACCCAGGAUGCCUUACAUCAACAUGAUCAUCAGAGAGACUCUCCGUCUCAUGCCCACUGCUCCGGGCUUCUACCUCACCCCCUCCAAGGAUGAGAUCGUCGGCGGGCAAUACAGCAUUCCAGCGAAUGAACCGGUGUUCUGUUUCCUUCAUCAGAUCCAUCGCGAUCCUGCAGUCUGGGGUCCUGAUGCAGAAGUCUUCAGGCCUGAGAGAAUGGCGGAUGAGUUCUUCGAGAAACUUCCCAAGAACGCCUGGAAGCCUUUUGGAAAUGGUAUGCGAGGGUGUAUUGGUAGAGAUUUCGCAUUGCAAGAAGCCCAGCUUGCUAUGAUUAUGAUCAUCCAGAACUUCGAUCUUUGGCAGGCAGAUCCCAACUAUAAGCUCAAGAUCAAACAGACUCUCACUAUCAAGCCUCAUGGUUUCAAUAUUCGCGUCAAGCUCAGGGAGUCGCGAAAGCUAUCCAGUCUUUUCAAGACGCCCAGCAUCUCCAGCCUUCCGUCCUCGAGCCGAGCUAGUCGACAACACGUUGAUCUUUCAGAUUCCAAGGACUUGAAGCCUAUCUCCAUCUACUACGGAUCCAACACCGGCACUUGCGAGGCGCUCGCUCAGAGACUCUCUGCUGAUUGUGCGUCAUUUGGCUAUAUGCCUUCGAAGCCGCUUCCACUGGACUCGGCGACGAAGAAUCUCUCCAAGGAUGGGCCGAACAUAUUGUUUGCUGCAUCUUACGAUGGGAGACCUUCGGAUAAUGCAGCUGAGUUUGCUAAAUGGGCGGAGUCUCUGCGAUCUGGGGAUCUUGAAGGUGUUCAAUUCGCUGUUUUUGGUUGUGGUCACAAGGAUUGGGUCUCAACUCUUUACAAAGUACCUAAGAUUCUAGACAAGUGUUUGUCGGAUGCAGGCGCCGAGCGAAUUGUCGACAUUGGCCUCACUGACGCAAGCACCGGUCGCUUAUACCCCGAUUUCGACGACUGGACCAACGGGAAGCUCUUCCCAGAGCUGCUCAAGCGACAUGGUGGAUCCAAGGACUCUCAGGCUGAUGGGCUCCUUGAACUAAAUGUCGUUGUCAACCAGCCCCAUAAGUCCGAGAUGGGAGGCAACUUCAAGAGAGCUGAGGUUGUCGAGAAUCAACUCCUCACCCACCCAGGUGUCUCCAGGAAGCACAGCCUUCUGCUGAAGUUACCAAAAGACAUGACAUACUAUCCAGGUGACCAUGUGUUGGUACUUCCCAAGAACCCGCCUGAGUUGGUUGAACAGGUCAUGUCUUGCUUUGGAGUGGACAACGAUACAGUCUUAACUAUUUCUUCCGGAAGAUCGACCUUUUUACCGACUGAGAUGCCGAUUCUUGCAUCGAACCUAUUCAGUUCUCUUGUGGAGCUGUCUCAGACUAUCAGUCGCACCAGUCUGAAGAGGUUGGUAGAUUUUGCUGGCAACGAGAACACCAAGAGUGAACUUCAUAUACUGGCCGGCGAUAAAUACGACAAAGAGGUCGACGAGUCGCGCCUGUCCAUCCUUGAUAUCCUACGCAAGUACCCAUCUAUCAACAUCCCACUGUCCACCUUCCUCUCCAUGCUACCACAGAUGCGUCCCCGCACGUAUUCCUUCGCUUCAGCGCCAGAAUGGAAGCCAGGCCAUGGUAUGUUGCUCUUCUCGGUGGUUGAAGCAGAAGAGGCGCAUGCAGGACGCCCCGGUGGACUUGCUACCAACUACAUGGCUCAGCUGCGACGUGGUGAUUCUGUUUUGGUUGAGCCGCGUGCUUGUAGACCAGAGUUGCGGGCAGCGAUGACCACUCUUGAUCAUAAGGUGCCCAUCAUUAUGAUUGCGGUCGGAGCUGGACUUGCUCCCUUCCUUGGCUUCCUGCAGAAGCGCUACAUGGAGACACGCCAUCACCAGUCUACUGGCUCACCGACUUGUACCCUCCUCUUUGGAUGUCGUGGAGCCAACAAGGACGAUAUCUGCCGCGAUACACUUGAUGAGUACUCGCGUGCCGGAGUCGUCUCUGUUCACCGAGCGUACAGUCGAGACCCUGGCGCUUCAUCCAAGUACGUCCAGGGCCUCAUCACCAAACAGAGCGGAAUGCUGGCGAAGCUGUGGGGUCAGGGCGCAGUCGUCAUGGUUUGCAGUGGUAAGAAGGUCGCUGAUGGUGUCAUGGAUGUACUCAGUCCAAUUCUUCUCGGGGAGGAAAGACGGCUCGGUUUGACAAAUGCGUCCGAUUGUGAUGUCUGGUGGAAGAAUGUUGGAAAGGAGCGGCUAAUCUUGGAAGUCUUUGGGUAG